AGGAGUGAUAGAACCUUUUCAAGAACAAUCCAAAGGCAUUUAUUCCAUCUUCUACAAGGUCCCCUAAAAGGACAAAGGCUGAAGAACCAUACUGGACCUCAAACAACUGAAGAAAUUUGUCAGUUAUCCAUCCAUACAUUAUCAUCCAAUUGUCUCCAGUGGCAAGAAUUCACAGGACCUGAAAAUAAUGGUCAAAUACCUAGGUUGUCAUGGAUUCAACAUAGACAGGAAGAAACGUUACCUGACGCCCACUCAAGUCCUUCCUCAUCUAUGAAUGCUAAUGAACACUGCCAAGAGGUUCAUAUUCAUCUCAGAAAAUGUAAUCAGACUCCAAGACCAAACAAGAAAAAUAACAACAGAGAAUAACCAAGUAAAUGCAUACACCACUUCUACUGCAUUUGAACUUGUGUUUUUGCAUACUUCUAUUGCCCAGAUUGUGCCAUUGCUGUGCAGUAGUUUCUGAUAUCCUUGCAAGGCUAAAUGGUGAUGAAGGACCACCUCCCUCAACACCUCAUAGAUUCUUGAGUGAGGGUAACAUCUCCAUCUACAGGUGGGCAUGCCCAGACAAUGGCAAACUGAUUAGUGAUGCUGGUCUCAAGGGAUAGCGAGCCCGCUGCUUUUAUUUAAUAGCUUAAGAAAACUGGAGUGCAGAAUAAAAAUGCAGGUCAGAGCAGUUCGUCUAGGUAUGAAAUCCUUCUCAUACCAGUUACUUCACUCUUACAUCCUAGUAAGAAUGGGCAACACCAUUCUUAAGGGCACACUAUUCUUAAGGGCACAUUAUAUAGCAAGGGGGUACAAAAUCUUGCUCCCUCCACCUAGACAUUCAGACCAUAGGGUUAUGACUUGAGCAGAACUUAAUAUCCAUCUCAGCUCAUCAUAUUAAAGGGGCAUUGAACUGCAGAUUACCUAAACCAAUAACAGGUAGCACUGAAGUCUAUAUCUUGCUGUCUUCCAGGAAACCCAGGGUCAGUGUAGUCCACUGACAGGACCUGUUCAUCUCUAGGUACAACCAUAAACUACUACUAUUCUUUUCCAGAUUCUAUUUCCACAAACCAGAGGAAUAGACACAUUGAACAUUAACUGGCCAAAACAAAAACAAUAACACUAUUCUCCAAACCUGCAGAUACUCUGUGCUUUCCUUUCAGUUCUACUGUUAGCUAGAAUUCUGUCAGAAGGAGUGGGGGAACACAUGACAGUCACCUAAUACCUCCUUUCUGACCAAGAAAACCAUGUUUGAGAUGCUUGUUGAAGCACAGCAGAGACUGUAGCUCCUUCUACAAUAGCCAGACUUUGUUUCAGAGGUUUCACUCUUCCACUCAGGUGUACAGUGUUUCAGACUAGCUAACUGGCUGUGGAAUAGUUCAUCUAUUUCACUCUGGCUAUUUGUUCUACCUGCACCCCAGAAGCAAUAAUAGCAGUACCAUAUAUGCAGUCCUAUACAUUUCUCUCCCUGUUUGAGGUUUAGGUUUAGCAUGCCCUAUUGUGGGCUGCUUUCCUCACACCAACCUGGAGAAUGGAACAUUGGUACUUACUGAGAAGGUUCUUUCUCAGUUGGUGUGUGGAAGGCAUCCCAACUGCAUCUUGUUAUACUGUUGUCUUUGGCCAGAAACACAAACGUUUUAAAGGUUUUCCUUAAAGUUUUCUUCAAUUCAUAUUCUAUAUAUUAACAUUUUUUUUGUUUUCUGUGGUCAUUAAUUGAUCUGUGAUCCAAAGAAAUGUUAUCUUCCUCAUUUACUGAGCUUUUGCCAUAAAUGGAACUAUCAGAUUAGAACCUCAAACCAAUGGCAUAUGCAAAACUCAGUCACACGGGUCCCUGCUUUUCCUGGGCAAUAGAGGGAAUGAACAAUUGUGGGGUGCUUUCCACAUAGCAAUCCGGAAGAAAACUUCUCGGUAAGUACCAGUGUUCUGUUCUCUGGCUUAAUAGGUACUGUCCAUCUGUUAGGCCUCUGAAGAACAGUUGUCAUGAUUUUGGAUUGGAGGUAAUGUUCAGAAUGUUUAAAGUAUUUUUAGAAGUUAAAUAUGAUAAACAGAAAUGUAAAUAAACUGAUGACAUGGUUACAAGUGAACAGGAACAAGCUAAACAGCUACAAGUAAAAUAUAACUGUUGUUUAAACUAGCUUACAGGGUAACAGUUUUAUUUUGUUGUAUGUGAUUAUUAAGUUUUCCCUUGGAGUGGGAAGGCAUCUUGUGGAGGCUUAUUCCACCUGUUGGUCUGUAGAAGCAGGGCUUAAUUGCAUAUCCAUUUUACAUAGGGGAAGGGGUCCUCCCUCAGUUUUCAUCCUGCCCUUAUGAGGACAGUUGAAUGGUUGUUUUUCUGAAAUUUUCCUGUGGGGUCUUGAGAAUCUACUUCGUACUGUGCCCCAGGAGAGUCCUGAGCCUGGACCACAAACCACUUGGAUUCUGAUGCCUUUCCAGUGCGCUGCACACAUGCAUAGGAAGGCCGGUGUAGUGCAGUGGUUAAGAGUACAGCAUUGGGACUCAGGAGAUUCUAGUCCUAGCCAAAUGCAAGUGUAUCAACACAGUCAUCUCUCAUUUGGAGGAUGAGGCAGAUAUUGGUUAGGACUUUGGUGAGGAGAAAAUGUCAUUAAACCCAGACAGGAAAAACUCUGAGGAUGAUAUUACAGAAAUUGCAGGUGACUAAGGCUUUUUCAACCUGAUGACUCCCUGGCCAAAGUAGUGUUUCUGGUGGCAGUGACAUCCACUGAAUGAAUUUCAUAGCUUGGAGUCCUUUCAGUUCAACUCAGCAUAUGCUUUUUCUGCAAGGACAAUGUGGUGCUUUAAAUUGAUCCAUCAUUUAUGGCAGAAAUAAUGUUUGUCUUCCAGAAAACAGAGGAGAUUUACCUCCUAUUGAAACUUCUUGUACCCAAUAUAGAAUGAGUAGCACAUACUCUGUGUGUAUACAAUUACCUGUAGCAGCUGAGUUUUGAUUUUCAUGGGGUAUUUUGGUCAUAUUUCACUCUUCUGUUCAGAGCAAGAAAUAUUUCAAAGUCAGCUUGAUUUGGUGAAUAUGUCUGCCUCAUGUAUGAGUCUUGAUGCCUUCCAGUCCUGGAAGGUGCUUGGUCCAUUCAAUGUGAAGAGAAGCCACAAUAGUUGGUAUCACGUGAAUGUUUCCUUGGAGGACAUUUGUGAGGUUGCUACUUUCAUAAUUAUGUAAUCAAUAUAUUUGACUUUGUAAGUGCUUCUUUCAGCAGGAGAGUCCUGCAAAGUAUGUUAUAUUCUUGUUCAGAGCAGCUGUCCCACUUGGGAUGGAAGGGCAUUGUUGCGCAGUUCUUCACAGGCAGUUCUUCCACUCCAAAGGUGAACAGAACAGUGCAGUUACUGUGAGUGUUCCUUUUCUUGGAGGACAUCUAUUCCCUCUCCCCACCUCCAGUUUUGGAAAUGUUACUGCCACUGAUAAAUAGGAUUCGUUGCCCAUUAAGAUUGAUGCUCUGCUCUGCUCUGCUGUGCUCUCCUCAGGACCAAGAGAGAGCAUGGCCCCUUUCCUGCUGUUUCAGAUCAGCUAAGAGUACCAUAAUACAUAUAUAUAUAUAUAUAUAUAUAUAGUAUAAUUAGUAGCUCUGUAGUGUUUUUGUAAGUCUUACUGUUUUUCUCUGAUUUGGGAGAGGAUUCCUCCCUUAAGUGCUGGACAGGAAUUUCUGUUAAGUUGCCUUCAGUGACUUUCAGGUAACCCUUCACAGGAUGCCCUCUCAUCUCCAAGGAGAAGGAACACUCAUGGUAAAUCCAGUGUUCCGUUUAUUGCUUCUGACUCUAUUUGGUGGGUUAGGUUACAGGUGCUAUAAAGGCUAAGUGCUUGGAUGUACAGGCUCCUUGGGACUAAAUCAAAACACAACACAUAUAUCUUAACUGGAUUUGGACGGUAAGAAGUUUUCUAGGGGCACUCCAGGAAAUAAAAUUUUGAUAGUUGUUUUUGAGUUUUAAAAGCAGGCAUUUGAUAACAAACUGACAAGCAGUGCUGAUGAAGGGGUGUGUAUUUUUCCCAUUGUAACUUCUUCAAGCACACACAGAAUUCUAUUUCUGCUGUACAUCUGUUGUAUGCACACCCGUGGGAAGGGGUCUUCUGAUAUGAAGUGUUUAUAUGUAGCCAGGUCGUGGUUCCAUGGUGAGUAUACAAGUCCUCCAGCAGGUUCACAACCUGGUUGGGAUUCUGUGCAUGAACCAGUAGUUCCACUGAGGCCUGUAAUUGUGCUUGCUUGAAACUGGGUUUCUGUAAAGGUCCCACAUGGGAACACUAGUUCUUACAGAUACUUUACUGUUUAGUGUGAGGAAGCAUCUGAGGAGGGGGUUAGGUUUUCCUAAUGUCCAGGGAAGCCAGGAAUUAUAUUGCAAAGAUCUUUCGAAAAUGUAUUCCAUGAUUCUCUCCCAGUUCCCUGCUGCCUCUUAGGUAUUUCUGUCCAUCUUCCAACCAUCUCAGCUUUUUCAUCUACUUAAUUCCGGUUUCAUUCACCAUUUAGCCUUCAACUUUUGGAACAAUUAAAGUUAUCCUUUCUCCUUAGUAUCUAUCUUGUUGCUUUUUCCUUUCUGCGCCUCUGCAUUCCUCCUGCCUUGCCCCUCCUGUGGUACCAGUGUGAAAAAACGUAUUUCAUGCUUGGAGAAGGCAAAAUAUGAGCAAUGUGUGAGGAAUCUAGUUUGGAGAUGAGAGCUUGCUUUCUCUAUCUCCUCUCUGUGGGCGUCUAGCAGGAACUGAGUCCAACUGUUGCAUAUUAUAUUACAGAUGUGCAGAUAUAUCUACCAAGGCCAGCUUGUAUACGUGCUGCCCACACACCCACUGUGUGAGUUCUGCUUCUAUACAAGUGACUUGCAGGCUUUACAUACCUAGUAGAAGAAUAACUCAGCAUAAAGAAGGGGGCCCAGCGCAUCUGCAAACAUUCACAGACUUGAGCUCAGCUCUGAUAAUUUCUUAGGCCAGAGCCAAAUGGGAGUGAGAAGUCCAGCUAGCCUCCAGAGAGCUGGAUUCCAAGUGGAUCUUUGCAUCACUAGGCAAUAGACGAACAUAUUAGAAUCAAGAGGAACCGUAAACACUCCUUUUCUACUAAAUUCCAUUGGAGCAGUCUCUGAAGCACCAACAGCUGAGACAUUGUGGGAAGAUACUUUCAAGUAAAUCCCACCUUCACCCACUAUUUGUUCCAUAUACCAGCUCCAGCCAACAGAGCAGUUUCACCAACCUGGGGCAACCUUUCAGUAUGAAAAAUGCUGUAUCCUUGGAUGAUACUGCACCUGCUCAACAACCUGGUGUAAUACAUGUCCACAACUGGAGACUUCCCGCUCUGUUUCCAGAUGUCAUGCAGGCUCUUUGGAGAGGUCCUCUUUGCCUCAGACACAAAAGCAAAACUGGGGAGGUGUGACUCUGAAGCAAGGAUAGCAGGGAUUUCCUCAGCAACUUUGCAACACAAUCAGACUCCUUCCAGAAGAGGGGUUGUAGAAAAUAAAGAUGAAAUUCCGCUUCGUAAGGGGCUGGGUACCCCAGGAAGAGCAUCAGUUAAGAAUUCUCCAGUAACUGGAAUGUCUGGCAACAGGGUCAACAUUUCAACUCCUUCUGCUGCUUCAACACCUCACAGAACUGGCUUGUUGGAAAACCGGAGAAAAAGGAUGUCUCCUACUUCGGAAAUGAAUGAAGAUUAUCCUAAAGAGAAUGAUUCAUCAAGCAAUAACAAAGUUAUGACUGAUCCAGCAAGGAAAUUCUUACUUAGCAGCAGGGAGAAACAGCUGAACUUGAAACAAAUUGAGGAGAACAGGACAUCAGGGGGUUUACCUCUACAGACAUCCUCAUUUUAUGGAAGCAGGUCCUCUUCAAAAGAGUAUUCAUCUGGUAAUUCCAAUCUGGACAGGUCUAAUGUGUUGAAUCAGACUCCUUCUGCUAAAAGAAGCUUGGGGUUUUUUUCCCAGCCAGCCCCUCUAUCUGUGAAAAAGAUGAGAUCUAAUCAAGAUUAUACGGGAUGGAACAAGCCACGAGUUCCCCUUUCAACUCACCCACAGCAGCAAUUACAAGGAUUUACAAACUUAGGAAAUACCUGCUACAUGAAUGCUAUUUUACAAUCUCUGUUUUCAAUUCAGUCGUUUGCUAAUGAUCUUUUGAAGCAAAAUAUCCCAUGGAAAAAAGUUCCAUUCAAUGCACUUAUCAGACGCUUUACCCAUCUACUUGCUAGAAAAGAUGCUUGUAGUCCUGAGGUAAAGAAAGACUUACUCAAAAAGGUGAAAAAUGCCAUUUCAGCUACUGCAGAGAGAUUCUCUGGCUACAUGCAAAAUGAUGCCCAUGAAUUCUUGAGUCAGUGCUUAGAUCAGUUGAAGGAGGACAUGGAGAAACUUAACAAAACCUGGAAAAGCGAGUCAGUUUCUGGUGAAGACAAUUCCUUAGGACGCAUAUGUGAUGACUUAUCAGCCACCAAAGUUUACACCUGUCCAGUUAUCACAAAUUUAGAGUUUGAGGUUCAGCAUUCUAUCAUAUGUAAAAUGUGUGGGGAAACAGUCACCAAACGGGAGCAGUUUAAUGACCUCUCCAUUGACUUGCCACGAAGAAGAAAACUUCUUCCGUCUCGAUCAAUCCAAGAUUCCUUGGAUCUCUUUUUCAGGGCAGAAGAGAUAGAGUAUUCCUGUGAGAAGUGCAAUGGGAAGUCAGCUCUUGUUACACACAAAUUCAGUCGGUUUCCCAGGGUCUUGAUUCUUCAUCUGAAACGGUACAGCUUCAAUGUGGCACUCUCCCUCAAUCACAAAGUUGGACAGCAAGUGAUUAUUCCAAGAUUCUUAACCCUGCAGUCUCACUGUACAGAAAGCACAAGACCUCCACUUAAUCUGGGAUGGAGUGCACAGUCAGCAAUCUCACGGCCACUGAAAGUAUCCCAGAUGGUGAAUUCCUGUUCAGUAAGCACCUCCACUCCAUGUCGAAAGUACACAUUCAAGUUUAAAGGUCCUAUUUUAAACUCUGCGGAUUCAGACAGUGAAGAUGAGCCAUUGAAACGGUCGGUAGCAAACAGCCAAAAGCAGUGUGAUUUCCAAUGCAGAGAACAACAGCGAGAGGAGCUAGAAAAAGCUUCAAAAAAAAGUAGAACAGAAAGUGAUAAGGCUUCAGAGUCACCAAAUGCUGGAUUUGAUGGGAUGAGUGAGGAUGAGCUUCUUGCAGCUGUUCUAGAAAUUAGUAAGAGGGAAGCAUCACUGACACUGAGCCAUGAUGAAGACAAACCCACAAAUAGCCCAGACACUGGCUUUGGAGAUGAUGAGCUCCAGGAGUUGCCAGAAAAUAUGGAACCAAUGGAGGUGGAGAAACCUAAAGCAGUUGCAGAAUCAGGUUUUGUCAACUUCACGGAGAUUACUAAAGAUUUUGAUGAGAAUAAGGAAAACAAAACCCCGGAAGGCACUCAGGGGGAGGUGGAUUGGCUGCAACAGUAUGACAUGGAGCGCGAAAGAGAAGAACAGGAGCUACAACAGGCUUUGGCUCAGAGCCUGCAAGAGCAACAGGAGGCGCGAGAACAAAAAGAAGACGAUGACCUUAAACGAGCCACUGAAUUAAGUUUACAGGAGUUUAACAGCUCUCUUCUGGACAGUCUUGGUUCUGAUGAGGACUCUGGGAAUGAGGAUUUUCUAGACAUGGAGUACUCAGAAGCAGAAGCUGAGGAACUGAAAAGAAAUGCUGAGACAGGAGAGCUUCCUAACUCCUAUCGUCUCAUUAGCGUGGUCAGCCAUAUUGGAGACACAUCCUCCUCAGGUCACUACAUUAGUGAUGUAUAUGACAUUCGCAAGCAGGCAUGGUACACUUAUAAUGACUUGGAAGUAUCCAGAACUCAAGAAGCCUCUGUGCAGAGUGACAGAGACCGGAGCGGCUACAUUUUCUUUUAUAUGCACAAGGAAAUAUUUAAUGAGUUGCUAGAAAUGGAAAAGAAUAUACAAUUGCCUUGCAUGGAGGUGGGAAAGCCUGCUCGACAGCCUCUGUGAAGACUAUAUCUCUUCCUGCGCACAAAGGACUUUGAACUUUGCCUGACUUGCAGGAGCCGCAGCCCCACAAGCACUCAGGGCAUGUUUGAGACAAAUCCCCUGGAAUAGGAGGAAUGGAACAUUCCACACCUUCCUGUGGACUUCAGCCAUGCAGUUAACCACCUACCAAGAGUUCUCUUCCUUUUUUGUUUUUUGUUCUGCUUUUUGUUCUGUUCAAGAAAUAAUUUUCCAUAAUUGAGUUAAUCAGGCUAGAGGAUUUAACAACUCCUUCAGCAAGUCAUCCAAAGGAUAUUAUGAAAGCAGAUGACAAGCUCAUUCAUUUGCCUAACAAAGGAGAGUGGAGAAAAUCCUGCAUAUUGGGUGGCUUUCUCCAUCUUCCCAGCACAACAGCAAAAUAAGCAAUAGCCUGUUAGCUGACAUAUAUCGUGUCCUUAACAUUCAUUGGACAGUGCUGGCGAUUAGCUGAAGGGAGUGAUCUGGCUUUGUUGAAACAGAUGAACUUGGACACUGAAUAAUUUGUAAUACAGGAUCAUAAAGAUCCAGGAAACAAACUGUUGGUGCUCUGGAACAUGUUGCAUACACCUUCUUCACACAGUUCACCUUCAUCCUUGUUUAAAAAUGGGAGAGAGAUUUUAACUUUAAAAGUUGUUAUUCUUUCUGACUUCUUUCCUAAGUACUGCCAUUUGCAGCUCAAUUUUAUUUCUCUGUGAAUGUAUGUGAGCAUAUAUCUAUAUAUUUGCUGUGUUUCACUGAAGACUGCCCACUUGGGCUGUGGGAGAGGCAGCUAACAGUGGACAUUCACGUCCGGGCAUUGGGCAGGCCCUUUUCAAGCAGUCCCUAGGCAAUGCUGAGUACUAAAGGAAGCACGAGCAACAGUUCUGUUCUGUGUUCUCUUUGCUUAUAUCAGUCUCCUGACAUGAAAAACUGCACGUGCUUGAUGGGAGGCGGGAGUGGCUAUCUCAGAUUUAUGAUAUUGGGCCAGGGGCAUAUGGUGACAGAUGAAACAUUAAAAUAUACCUGGCUUUAUUCCAGUUGUGUGGCAAGUUCAGUUAAAUCAGUUGAAAAAAAAAAUCAAAAUUCCCACAAGUGAUUAUUUGCUGUUUGCAAGACAUUUCAGAGCAGAUAUGUUAGAGUUUUGUUACUUAAAACGUGUUUAGAUAACAAACUCAUUUUAGAAGAAUUUUUGGCAAAGAAAAAAAACCACCACUGUCUAGGAUUAAGUUGUGCCAGUUUUUCAUUUUAGUGCUGCAAGUUAAUUCUUGUACUCACAUUUUUACUUUUGUGGCAAUGAAAUGCUUAAUAAUUGGGGUGCUUCUUGAUUUACUUCUAACUCAGGCCUCUCGUUUGAAAAUAGAUUAACAGGUGUUGAGAGGGUGUCAUGUUUUUUCCCCCUUGUUUGCUGACGGGGGAUUUUUCUUUUUAUUAUUGCUGGAGCUUACUAAAAUUUAAAAUCCUGGGACUAGCAAAUACAAAGCAGUAGACAAAUGGAUAUUACCUGUUGCAGAAAGAGUGCUCUGAAGGGUUACUUGCCAUGUUUAUGAUAAUAACAGGCAUAAUCAUUUGAAAUGCUAUCUGACAUCAACCACAACCAAGUCUUUCAGAAUUAGACUCCCAGAAGCAUCAUAUGCUAAGGCUGGAGACCUCUGUAUGGUUGGACAGAAAGAAAAGCCCUUCAACUCUCAGUAUGGUCCAGGCAUGAAUGUUGGCUGAGGCAAGCUGCAAAAUGUAGGACCUUUUUCUGUCUAAACAUACAUGGGAUCAUGCCCUAACUUACUCUGCCACUGUAAGUUUGUACUGUUGACAGUCAAAGUUACUUUAGUAUGUUUUUAGCAAGGAAUAAAGAUAUUUUUUCAAUGAAAAAGCCUUAAAAUGUGAUACUCCUGAUUCUAAGGUAAGGCUGGCCGACCGAUUAUAUGACCUAUUCUGAGAUGGUGCUUGCCAUCUUUUCUUCUAUUCCACCCCUCCAAAUUCCACAUAGUGAGAGACUGGGUUAAUUCCAGAUACACAAACACUUAUGAAAGUUGUGGAAGCAGGGAGACAAUUUUCCCAAUCCCUGCUCCACAGACAACUCUCUGUGCCCUCUGUGAAGCUGCUCUGGGGAGUUAAGGGAACCUGAAACAACAUGGGAGGUUGCACUAGGCACUUCAGGAGAAGGGGCUAAUAAACUAAAAUCCCUUUCCCUCCUCCCUCAGUACAAUACAAUACAACCUCUGCUGUAUUUCGGUCUCUUCCAUGAAUGGAAGGGACCGGUUCCAAACCAUUAGUUCCAUCUAAUGGUGUCAUCCCAGUGGGUGUAAACUAUUGAUGGAAUGACUCCCCCCUCCCCCCCCCACACACACUUUCAGUCCCUGUGUGCCUCCCAGAUAAGCUCCAGAGUGUAUAGAGAUCCUCUGGAGCGGAUUUGAGGCAUCACAGGACAGGGCUGCAGUGGGGAAGGUAAGGAAGUCCCAUUACACAAGUGGAUUUCCACUCACAUAAGGGUUGGCUACAACUCAGUGUAAAUAAGCCGUUGUGACAUCUACAACUCCAUACUUGAAAGAUGGUGAGGACAAAUUAGCAUAAUUACAGGUAAAAUAAGUGAUGGUCUAAUGAGAAAGUGUACUCUAGCCUUAAAUGUGCAACAGCUUUGUUUCAUCCAGAGCUGAGAAUGCAAGUUGAAAUAAUGUAUCUUCCUGCUAUUGGAAGCAUAGCUCUUACUUUGCAGGAACUGGUGUCUGACAAGCAACAAGUCAAGUACUCCUAUGUUAGCCUUCUAAAUAGAAUUGUUUUCUUCUAAGCUAAAACAAAGUGGGAACCACAUGAUGGUUCAUAGGUAUGGGCAUUUUUGUUUACAUCUUGACUUGUAUUUCCCUGUCUGCUCCAAAUCUGUAGAACUGUUGUAAGAGGAUGAUGAGUCCUAUGUUACACAAAAUUGAUUUUUCCCACUUUUAACAUGUUGUAAUGCUGAAACUGUACAAGAUAUUGCCCUUGUGCAAUGUUUUCCCAAUCAUACAGGAUGUUAUUUUAAACCAACCAUUGAAGUAUGAGGGUUUUUUUUUUUUUUUUUUAGCAACUCUUUAUUAUGGAUCAUCUUGAGAAAUCAUACAGAAACCUUGAAGGCCUCCUGAAAAUCUGAGCUGCAGGUGCUGGUAUUUAAGAAUUCUAUUUCCACUUAAAGGGAAUUGAAUUGUAUGAAGUUUGUUUCUGGAGCAGCAGCAUGACAUGAAAUAUUCUGAGACAUCGUCUCAAGUAUUCUGUUCUUGGUUUCCAAAAGAAUACAAAAACUAAAUAUGAAUUCAGCCAAUAGAAGUUACUGUUUCAUACAUGUGUACUCUAGCAUAUUUUGAUCAACUUUUCUCCAUCUUUCUGCUAUAUUUACUUUUGAUAAAGAAAAAUAGCCAUAUAUGUGUUUGCACUAAUUAAACUCUUAUCAACCUUCAUCCCCAAAGAAGAAUCUUGCACAUACAUGGAUUAAAUAGCUCAGGUAGUUUGCUGAAGAAAACUUCAGAAAUAACCAAACACCGGUUCUUUUAAUACAGAUUUUUCCUUAAAAAAACUUUUUUCUAGCUAUGAGCCUGUGAAAACGUAAUUGAAUAGCUAAGCAUGUAAUUGUAGGGCUUUAGGCACUAUUAUUCCACUCAAAGUUAAAUCUGCUUCAGUUUUGACCUUGUAUUUGAAAUGUGUACUUAGCAUUUUAUAGGACAAGAGGCAUAAAACUCAAGUCUGGUAAGAUAGCUGACGAGGAUACAAAGGAUUCUGGUGAUUUCUCUAUCCUUAAGGGACAGUAAAGUACUACUUGUUUCAUACUUGUCUAUGAGAUGCUAGAUGAGUAAUGCCACAACCAAUUCAAGGGUGGAUUAAUUAUCUACAACUAAACAAAAAUCCAUGGAUGUUUUCAGUUGCCUAUGUUGAGUGUUUGAGGAGCUGAGAGCUGGAAAAUGGAUCUAAACAAGGCAUGAACUGCCUAAGAAUGUUAGGGAAAGAGAAGCAUUUCCCUAUGCUGUCUGCUUACUGGAAUAAUCCACUUCAUCACUCCCCUGCUUCUUUAGUGAAUUAUUCUAUAACAAAUUUGGGGGAGGGAGUGAGCUGAGGCAAGAGUUUCUUGGCAUGUGCAUUGUGGUGGAUGCCUUGGUUUUUUUUAUGUUGGAAGUCACUUUGUGUCCCUUGACACUUAAUGUGGAGAAGCACUUUUCUGUGUUCUAACAGACUUAUUUCAAUGUAUUCUUGACAAUUCUGCCAUUUUUCUUUAAAUGAUGUGUAGAUUUAUUUCAGAGACAUUAAACACUCUUUAUUAAUGCUGAA